GAGUGUGGGCCUAGAUGCCGAUCACAUCAACAUGCCUUAGAGAUCAAUGCAGCAAUAACUAAAGGUGGAUUAAGAGAGUUCAAAGCCUAUACUUCAUUGUGUUCUAAUGCUACCAAUGUCAAUGAUAAAUUUGGAAGAAAUGUGUUACAUAUGGCUGCUUCAUGUGGAAAACUUGAUAUAAUUGAAUAUCUAUUAGAAGAAAAAGAGUACAAUCUAAAAGCUAAAGAUUAUGAAUCUGGAUGGACAGCCCUUCAUAGAGCUUUAUUUUAUGGUCAGUUGGCAGCAGCUAGAUUACUAAUACAGUAUAAACAUGAUAUCAGAACAAGAGAUUUUGAAGGGUUAAGUCCGUUAGAUAUAAUACUAAUAGAUAGACCUAGUUAUAUCUCAUUCUCACCAAGAGAACCAAAUGAAGUGUAUACAUGGGGAGACAACUCCAAUUUUAAUUUAGGACACUCCAGUCAAGAUAGAAGAAUUAUACCAGAAAGAGUUGGGGUAUUUAAAAGAAUUUCAGGGUUUAUCAUACAGGUAGUAAUGUGUAAGUUCCAUACUGUAUUUUUAAGUCAAAUUGGACAAGUCUAUUCAUGUGGACAUGGUCAUGGAGGUAGAUUAGGUCAUUCUGAUCAACAAACUCAUGUUGUCCCCAAACUAAUAGAAGGUAUUAAGAAAGAGAAUUGCAUACAAGUAGCAGCAGCUCAAGAUCACACACUAUUUCUUACUGAUAAAGGCAUUGUGUAUGGGUGUGGAUCAAAUGUCAAUCAUCAACUAGGUUUUACUGAUCCAGUACUAGAAGUAUCAUUUACUCCAAGAAUGAUUAAUCAAGAAGUGAUAAAGGGGUAUAACAUAAUGGGAAUAUGUGCAGGGAGAUAUCACUCAGUUGUAUAUUCUAGAGAUGCUGUUUUCACUUUUGGCCUAAAUGCUGGACAAUUAGGUGAGGUUUUACUAACUUUGGGUGAUAAAUACCAGAUACAUCCUAGAAUGAUUUCAAGUUUUAAUGAGUCUGAUAUUAAUAUAGUACAAGUUAAAUGUUCUGACUCUACUACUGUAUGUUUAACAUCAUUAGGUGAUAUUUAUUCUUGUUCGAGAUAUACUUGUCGUAAAAUAGGCUCUAGAUGGUUAGAUAUAAAGACUAUAACUGUAUCUGGUGGUACAUUAGAUCAUCUUGUAACCACUGAUAGAGAUUUAUUGAAAGAGAAGGGUGGUUCAGAAUUAAUUGUUGCUAUGGUAACUAAUAAAGGCAUGGUUUUUAUGUGGAGAGAGAAGAGUCCCCAUUUUAAACGAUGUAAUUGGAUGAUUAGACGUGAAUUAUCAAUAUGUGAUGUAUAUUUAAAUACCAAUAAUAUGGGUAUAAUAACAGAUAAAGGUGAAGGUUUUCUAGCAAUAUGGUCUGCUGUCAGUAAAGACAAGAAAAAACAGAAGAUGGCAAAUAAAUAUAAACAAGUAAAUGAUGAAUUUCCAACAGUACGAUUAUUAGAUUUUAUAUUGAAAAAUGAUGUAGAAGAUAUACAGAUAGAAAGAAUACCAAACAUACACAGAGCUACUAAUAUUGUCUCAGAUUCCAAGGGAAGAAAUUUUGCUGCUUUACAAGUUUUACCUAAUGGCUGCCUAACAGAAAUACCAUACAUAAGAGAAUCUAGUUUAAGAAAGGAUAUGAUGUGUUUAUUUAACCAGAGUAGUGAAUCUGAUGUGAUACAUGACGUAAUAAUACAGUGUGGAAAUAAAAGAUGGGCAGCACAUAGAUAUAUACUAGCUAGUCGCAGUGAGAAGUUUGAUAAAAUGAUAAAAGAUACACUAACAGAUAAUAAUGACCAGACGCCAAUAUUUGAUCUGAGUGAUAUUCACCCUGUAAUUAUAGAGGAAAUAUUAUUAUUUCUAUAUACUGAUACUUGUACAGCUUUAACU